GCUUCAUUCAUCAUUCACAUAGAUGAUGGAAUGGAAGAAAUGUUAUUUGGAUGUGAUAUUGGUGCCAUUAGGGUUUCUAUUAACCAUUGGUUACCAUUUUUGGCUUUGGUACAGUGUUAGGACUCAUCCACAUACAACUAUUAUUGGCAUCAAUGCCAGUGCCAGAAGGAAUUGGGUUGCUGCUAUCAUGAAGGACAAUGAUAAAAAGAAUAUUUUGGCCGUUCAGUCACUUCGGAACACAAUCAUGGGGUCAACUCUAAUGGCCACAACUUCCAUUCUCCUCUCCUCUGGGCUCGCUGCCGUAAUAAGCAGCACUUACAGCAUAAAAAAACCGCUAGAUGACGCCCUCUACGGCGGGCACGGAGAAUUUAUGGUGGCGUUGAAAUAUGUGACGCUUCUCAUCUUCUUCCUUUUCUCGUUCUUUUGUCACUCGCUGUCGAUCCGGUUCAUCAAUCAAGUCAACAUUCUAAUUAAUACACCACAAGAUGAAAUGUCAUUAGUGACCCUGGAUUAUGUUAAUGAAAUAUUAGAGAAAGGGUUUGUGUUGAACACUGUGGGGAAUAGGAUUUUCUAUGCGGCACUUCCUCUAUUGCUUUGGAUAUUUGGACCUGUUUUGGUGUUCUUGUGUUCUAUUACUAUGGUUCCGGUGCUUUAUAACCUUGACUUUGUGGUCAAUAGUGGAAAGGGAAAGUUGAAUAAUAACAAUGGGACUAGGGAUUUUGCAUGAAUUAAUUAAUUGAAUAACAUAAGGUUUAUUAUUGUUGCAUAAAGUUUUAUUUUGGUGAUUAAUUAGAAGCAUGUGUUUGUGCGUGUCCAUUGUUGUA